AUGAAGUUACUAUUCACUCUUUUGAUCGUGGCCGCAGUCACUCUGGCUGCCGCCCACGCCGCCGGCACAUCAUGCCGCGCCAUCACAUUCUCUGGCGCUGGUGCAUUCGGUGCUUAUGAGGCCGGUGUCUUGUGGGGUCUCACCGCCAAGCGUCCAGCCGACGAGGUCGAGUGGCAAUUCGCCACUGGAAUCAGCGCUGGUUCAAUCAAUGCUGCUGGUGCUGCCAUGUUCUCUGUUGGCAAUGAGCAGGGUGCCGCAGAGUUCUUGACCAGCCGCUGGAUGGGUAUCACUCCAGAGCAGAUCUACGUCAACUGGGUUGGCGGUCUCGUCGACGGUCUCCUCCUCCAGAAGGGUAUCUUCAACGAUGCUCCCCUCCACAAGUUCCUCAGCGACAACCUCAACCUCACCGCUCUCCACCAGUCCACCCGUGGUCUCCUCAUCGGUGCCACCAACAUUGACACUGGCAACUUUGACAUCUUCGAGAAGACUGAUCCAGAGAUCGUCCUUGGAGUCCAAGCCUCAUCCUCGAUCCCAGGUGUCUUCCCACCAACUUUCAAGGGCAACGCCGUCUACCAAGAUGGUGGUGUAACAUACAUGACUCCAGUGACCGACACUGCUCGUCUCUGCUAUGGCACUGGCGCCACUGACGUUACCAUCGACGUUGUUGUCGUUGGAGAUCUCGAGACCACUGUCGACAUGAACAAGGCCAAGACCAUCGACUUGCUCCUCCGCACUCUCGACAUUGUCAAGACCAACAUGCACUACAAGGAUAUCGAGACCGUCUUUGAGGCUUUCCCCAACGUCAACCUCAACGUCUUCCACCCAAGCCAGCCACUCCCAGGCAAUGCCCUCUCCUUCACCUACUCAGGCCCACUCAUCAAGAUCGGAUAUGAGGAUGCCAUCACUGAGAACACCACUAUUGGACUUACCAAGGACAACUACAAGUCUGCUUUGAACAAGGCCUUUGGACUCAACCUGUAA